UAUUCUCUGAAAGCUACACAAAAAGUCUCAGCCGUUAAGAAUCUAGACGAGCCAACGGAUCGUAUGAAGAGGCGGUGAAGAGCAUCAACAUUCAACGCACAGAUCUCCAAAGUCAAAACAAAUUUUAAGAACUAGCCAUAGGUAUAUAUUGGGACUUUGUUAUGAAAUGGAUGUUGUGAGUAACAAUGAGAAUGGAGAAGGAAAUGAAAGCAGGAGAGGAUUGGGUUCGUGGUGGGAUAAUAGGAGCCGGGGCCUUUGGUACUGUUAGUCUUGGCAUAUGCAAAUCCAAUGCCCACCUCUUUGCUGUCAAGUCCUCCACUAACUCUAUUUCGUCUUUAGAGAAUGAAUACAAUAUUCUCAGGUCCUUGGACUCUCCAUAUGUUGUGCAAUGCCUGGGCAAGGAGUACACCACAGAGAAUGGUCAGAGUGUUUAUAACUUGUUUAUGGAGUACAUGGCAGGGGGUAGUAUUGGGGAUCUAUUGACUAAGUUUGGAGGACAGCUAGAUGAGUCAGUGAUAAGAUGCUACACCCGAGGCAUCCUACUUGGCAUUCAGUACCUCCACAGGCAGGGGAUUGUUCACUGUGACAUCAAGGGAAAGAACAUUCUUGCGGGUUCCAAUGGUGUGAAGCUUGCUGACCUUGGUUCUGCUAAGAGAAUCGGCAGUGAAGAGGACAAGGAAGAGAGAUGUCAAUUGCGGGGAACUCCUCUGUGGAUGGCUCCUGAGGUUGUGAAGCAGGUGGAACAGGGGCCUGCUUCUGAUAUUUGGUCUCUUGGAUGCACUGUGAUUGAGAUGAGCACUGGACAGCCUCCAUGGGGCAGCAAUUUGCAUCCCUUCACUGCUAUGUAUAGGAUUGGCUUCAGUGAAGAGCUUCCUGAGAUGCCUCAAUAUCUCUCAGCUGAAGGCAAGGACUUUUUGGAGAAAUGCUUGAGAAGAGAUCCCAGACAGAGGUGGUCUUGUGAGCAGUUGUUGGCUCAUCCUUUCGUCAGUGAGGCCUCCCCUGUCCUCAACGAAAGCCCACUCAGGGGACCUCAAUCUCUGGUCAGCAGGCCUCUGGAUUUGGAAGACUCCGAUUUCUGCUCUUCUGUUGAUUCUUCUGGUUCUCCCAUCUUGGCAUUACCUAGGAAUUUGUCAACCAAUAGGGAACCGAAUGAAGGGGCAUGUGAUAGAGAUGAAAGAAUGGCCUGCCAGAAGAGUCCUCCCCCAAAAGAUCGGAUUCUGAAAUUGGCAGCAGGGGGCGAAUUCAAGGGAGUUGUGGGGAAAGGUAAUAAUUGGUUUGCAGAUCCCCUCCCUGAUCAGUGGAUUGUUGUAAGGUCCUCAGAACAAUUGAAGUCCCUCCACACAGUUGAACCUUUUCAAAUGUUCUUUUCCAAGGAGGUUCCUUGUACGCAGGCCGAAGUAGAUUGCAAUCCAGUUACAGAAUGUAGUGAUUACUCGGAAGAGUUCAUGAGCUCGGAAUCAAAUACUUAUCGGUCGUUUUGUAGCAGAGAGGUUUACCAUGGGUAUGCAGUUUGUAAAGUCGAGCAUGCUAUUUACUUGCAUAAAGAUAUCUACGAAACAAUGGAUGUGAGCGAUUCUGGACAUUGGAAAACAGAGCCGGUCAUGAUUGCCUCUUGGACGUUUUCCAGGCAAGUGUUUAGAAACAGUGAAGUUGAGCCAAAUUGCUGCACAUGUAUACAAAAGUACCAUACUGCGUUGAAGUGCUGUUGGCAUUGCAAUGGCAAAAUGUAUGAAGCCAAUUCUAAUAGUUUUUUAAAAAUAAUCCCCAUUAAAUUUUAUUGGCCAACAAUGAAUCUCCAGAAUUCUUGGGCACAUAGGCUUAAUAUUACAGAACUGCAUUAUUGGCUCACAUAUUCAACUUUAAAGAAGUUAAAUUAA